GUGUGAUUAACACAAUCGCCAAGUUAGCCAAGACCUGCACCCUGCGCCUUACUGUCAGCAAGCUGUAUUUCAUCCUCUCGGAUAAAGUAGCCAAUGGAGGCGUCAGUAUGUGGUGUGAGCUGUGCCAGGGGAAUUUCUUCGAUGAGUUUCAGAUGGAAGGAGUAGCUGCAGAGCACAAUGAAAUCUAUUUAGAAUUGGUGCCUGAGAAUCUGUCGAGAGCUUUAAAAACUGCCCAGAGCGCGAAGGCAGUGAAGAUCAAAUUGACCAACAAACACUGUCCCUGCCUCAGAGUUGCUGUGGAGUUACCAUCCUUAUCAAGCAGCAGUAGGAUUGUGACACAUGACAUUCCUGUGGGGGUUAUUCCCAGAAGAUUAUGGAAUGACUUCAGAGAGCCCAGUGUGCCAGACUUUGAUGUCAGUAUUUACCUACCGGUGCUGAAAACAAUGAAGAGUGUCGUGGAAAGAAUGAAGAAUCUCAGCAAUUCCAUCGUGAUUGAAGCGAACUUGAGUGGAGAAAUGAACUUGAAAAUAGAAACUGACUUAGUAUCUGUAACAACACAUUUUAAAGACUUGGGAAAUCCUCCCUGGGCAUCGGAGGGUGGCUAUCAAAGUUCUGCUCAAGACAGAGAUCUGGAAAGCAUGGCUGAGGCACGCAUAGACAUCAAGAAGCUGCUGCAACUGCUUGCUGGGCAGCAGGUCAAUCCCACCAAAGCCCUGUGCAAUAUUGUAAGUAAAAGAAUUGUCCACUUUAUCUUGCUCCACGAGGAUGUUUCACUGCAGUAUUUUAUUCCGGCACUUGCCUGA